AUGACGACGCCAAGCGCGAUGAUGGCCGUUGCACAGGGCUCAGCUUCCGCCGUGACCGGCAUCUGCAGCUAUGCUGUAUGGGUAACCACGCUGCCACCAUCGGGGGGCGCACCCAUAGUAUACCCGCCCGGCGCCGUGGCGUACCAGCCGCAGAACCACACAAUCCCGCCGGCGAACUUCUUUCUCCAGCACUGGUACGUUCCCAUCAUCCUCAUCCUGUGCGCCGUCUGCGGCUUCUACAUCUUACUGGCGCUGUGGGUCAUCUACCGCUUCGACCUUCACGCUCAGCAUCAGGCGAAGAAGGUGGUGGGGGAGUCCUAUGCCACGAAGGGCUACUUCAACCUCGACGGCGAGGACGGCCAUGGUGCGCCGCUGCCGACGACGGCGCUUGCCGGGGCGCACGCAGCAAGGUCGCGUGGUCUCUCGCUUAGCUCUGUACAAUCCUCCUCGUACAGCGAUGACAGCUACGAAGACGAGAGUCUACCGUCGCUGUCGGAGGCUGACGACAGCAUCAUCGAGAUGAACCCUCUGCAGCGCUAA